GCUCAGAAUAUCAUACCCAUCAUCGCCAUCAAGGUCGCAGAUAUUUACAUGUCACAGUCCUUGCUCUCCUACACCCGUGUCGUUCUUCAAGCAUGGUCUUCCAUCCUGCAGAAACAGACCCCUUCCACGAGCUCAUGCAGCCGCCGCCCAACGAGACUCCUGCACAGAUGACUGCCAGGCUGAAACGCGAGGCCGAUGCGCAGAGGGUCAGUGACAUGAUUGACGAAGACAUCAGGCAGGCGAGAAGUCUGGCAAGGAAAGAGAAAAGCAUCAUUAGGGUCCUGUUGCUCGGUCAGGCGGAGAGCGGCAAAUCAACGACUCUUAAAAAUUUUAGGAUGCGCUAUUCCAAGGCCGCCUGGGAGCGCGAACGUUCAGGCUGGCGCGCCGUCGUGCAGCUCAACGUUGUGAGGUCAAUAGUGACAAUCCUCGGCGUUCUCGAGGCCGAAAUGAGUGACGACGUGCCAUUUGACAUUGACGACGAUGACUCUCCCGACGACAGCUCCGAUAUUACAAAGUUCGAUUCUUCUGAAAUAUUGCGAUUUACGGACCGCCACCAGCUCCUGAUGAUCAAACUAGCGCCUUUGCGCGGCGUCGAGGCAGAUCUCAAGCGCCAACUCGGUGCCGGGACAGAUCCCAUCCAGCCGUCCUUGCCCAUGUCAGCCACUCCCUUCGAGGCACCGACUCGGAGGCCAGAUGCCAAGCGGAGGACCUUGGGCGAGUUUGCUGUCCGAUCUUGGGGUGACGUGGUGGGGUGUAAAGAUUCAGCAAAUGGCUUUAUGUCUAUGGAGUCUGUCACUAUGACACUGGCUGGCUGCAGACACGAAAUGAAAGCCCUCUGGACAGACAAGACCGUUCAAAUGGCGCUGGAUAGAAGAAAGAUGCGCUUGCCUGAUUCUGCUGGAUUCUUCCUUAAUGAACUUGACCGGAUAGCGACACGCGACUACCAUGUAACGGACGAUGACAUCGUCCGAGCGCGUCUACGGACUGUCGGUAUACAAGAAUACCAGGUGCGAUUCAAGUCGGGCCCUAUCGACGCUCCGAAAACAGAUGGUGCCUGGGAAUGGAGAAUCUAUGAUGUCGGUGGAUGUCGAACAACGCGAGCCGCAUGGCUACCCUUUUUUGAAAAUACGAAUGUCAUAAUAUUCCUAUGUCCCGUGUCCUGCUUCGACGAACGACUAGAAGAAGACAACAGCGUCAAUCGGCUUGAAGACUCGACUAUAUUAUGGAGAUCAAUAUGCUCAUCGAAGCUAUUAGCAAGGACGCAGUUAAUUCUUUUCAUGAACAAAUGCGAUCUCCUCAGGCGAAAACUAAAGAGAGGCGUUCAAGUAAAGAAAUAUCUCCCUAGUUACGGUGAUAGGCCAAACGAUGUGACGAACGUUGUAAGAUAUCUACGGGAGAAAUUCAAGGAUAUGCAAAGACAACUCUCACCAGCGGCUAGGCAUGCCUAUAUCUAUCCAACCACAGUAACGGACACGGAAGCGACGGCCAAAACUUUAGAGUCAGUUCGUGACGGUGUUCUUCGCGAGAACCUCGUAACAUCACAGUUGUUAUAAUACCCCGAGAAACUUUAUCAUUAUUUUUUCACGACCAUCUGUACAGCGUUUUCUCCGCAAUCUUGUUUGUAUAUGCUGCCUCUGCGUCCUCCUAUGUAUUUUAUAUGGUGUUUAAUAUUUGCGAUAGAUGUGUACAGUGUAACUUUACCAAUAGAACAUUGGGUCUUGUUU